UACGUAGUUGAAUUCUGUCGCACCCUAAUACCAAAUUAGCAUAGGUUCCACAUAAGAGAAUUUCUCUCAGUAUCUCUUGUCUCCCGAUCAACCUACAUCUCAUUAGAUGUAGGUUCAAGCUAUACAUUGUAAUGCAAUAUAGUCAGUUAUCUCGCAAUCGACCGUGCGCGCAGACCGUCGUCGGGUUCUACCGCGACUGUGUUUAGAAGAACCAAUAAAUUCAAUUCGGUUGUACCGGCCCAGUUUUUAUUAGUACACAAUAAAGUGCUUUUAAUUCCUUAAUCGCGGGUCGAGUUCAGUGCCAUAUCCGAAAUCCGGUUCCAGUGUGAUCCCGUGAGAACAUUUUUUGGUCCUUCGAACCGGAUAUCGGGGACUUAGUGACGUGCAAAAGUGACCGAAACCCAGUGACCUAUGGACUGCGAACAGUCAUCAAACCAUAUGGACUGAACAUUGACCUGGUGAAGAGGGUCCAGUGCAUGUGAACGAGGUUCAGUGACCUGCAUGGGAAGAGCAGUGAACCCUAGCGAUCCAGUGUUUAGUGCGACGGUGACCGCUGUUAGCAGUUUGGAAGACCCAGCCGAGCAAUUGUUCCCGUUUGGCUGCGACGACGCCGGCUUUGCGGCAAUUCGAUCGAGAGGACGACGACGACGACGACAAUAACGCCGAGGCUGCUGAAACCGGGGAAGUACACUUUUUGCAUGUUCUGUCUAAUUGUGGUGGCUUGCAUGGUACGCUACCGAAUAUUGCAUGUGGUGUUUGAAAGGCAAUAAAGUCGAUUGGAGCCUAUGCGAGUUUGUUUUUGAGUGGGAUCGAGCCCCUGCAGUUAAUGCAAUUAUCCCCCCGGGUGGGUCGGUUGGUCUUGGAAAUAUUGGCAUUUUCGUCGUCACUUUGGUUGUUGUCUGCUUUGGUUUGUUCGCCCGCUGCUGUCAAUAACGGUCGUCUGUCUGCUAUUUCGCGAGGUCGCGCGGGACGUCGAGUCGAUUGUGGGUGUUUUUUUGAAAAAUCAGUGCACAGUGGAAGUGAUUAAUUACCGGUGGCAGUGCAGUGUGUGAUAACUUUAUUAUUCAGUGCAGUGGUGAAUCUGUGAUCAGUGACCAUGACGAACGAUCUUCGUGAGCUGGAGAAGCAGGAUCGCAACAUCCGGAAGACGUUGGAAGGGAUGCAGUAUUUCGUCGAGCAUUACAGCCCUGACCUAGUCGAUCAAGUGGCGAUUCGUCUUCAGCGAUUGGAGGAAGUUUUUCAGGAGUUCCAUGCGGUUCGUCGAAAGAUAGAGCUGUUAACAGAAGAUGUGUUCUCCGAAGACGAAGAAGAAGUCGACCAGAAGGAAUCCAAGGAGCAGCGCAAGGCUCGUCUCGUUGGACGUAUUCAAGAGAAGGAAGAAGAGAACGUGAAGAUCAUGAUGAAGAUCGAGAACGUCUACUACAGAAUCAAGGCUGCCCUCACCCGAUUGCUACCCAAAUCGACCCCCGUUGCUGCGGUGUCCGGUGGUCAACCCAUACCAGCAGCAGCUCCAGCUGUUUCGAGAGUGAAGCUCCCAGAAAUCCGACUGCCGAGCUUCGGUGGGCAGCUGAGAGAGUGGGUCACAUUCCGUGAUACGUUCCGUAGCUUGAUUCACAACAACCAACAGUUGUCAGCUAUGGACAAAUUCACAUACCUGCGAUCGUCGUUAACCGGAGAGGCUCUCCAGGAAAUCAACUCGGUGGAGAUGACCGAAGCGAACUACGACGUAGCCUGGGUAGCAUUGGAGCGCAGGUACGAGAACAAGAAGCUGAUCGUCAAAGCCCAUUUGGAUUCGCUGUUCUCGGUCGAGGUGAUGAAGAAGGAGAGCUAUGAGUCGCUGAGCAAGCUGAUCGGCGACUUUGAGAAGAACCUGUUGAUGCUGGACAAGAUAGGAGAGAACACGGCGAAUUGGAGCACCAUCCUGGUGUACAUGAUCUGCUCGCGAUUAGAUCCGGCCACUCUCAGACAAUGGGAGGCACACCACAAAUCAAAUACGGUUCCGACGUACGCGAACUUGAUCCAGUUCCUUCGUGAGCACUGUUCUGUACUCCAGUCAAUUGCGCCGAGUAAUUCCAUUCCUCUCCAAGAAAAGCGGUCGAAGGUUGGCGUGAGCAAUGCUGCAGUUCAGUCGUGGAACAAGUGCCUCUUCUGUGGAGAAUCGUUCCAUUCAGCGUUCCGUUGCUUCAAGUUCCUGAAGAUGAAGGUUCCAGAACGUCUCGACGUGGCUCGGCGGAGUAAAGUUUGCCUGAACUGUCUAACUGCUGGACAUUAUGCGAAGUCGUGCACGAAGGGCUGCUGUCAUCACUGCCAGCAGAAACAUCAUUCCCUGUUGCACACUGAUUCAAGCCAGCAGUCAUCCCCACCUGUCAAAUCCUCCGUCCCGUCGCAGAAGAAACCUCCAUCGUCAAACCAGCAGCAACACCAUACACAACCACACACCAGUAGCCAUUCCACACCAACCCAGAUCAUUACACCGUCCACAAGCGCUCUCCCUGUUACUCACUCGCCAAACACUCAACCACUGCACACCACAAAUCAGACAUGCACAAGCCAGAACUCCGUUUCCCUCUCAGUGAGCAACCGUACCGGAGAUGUCCUUCUCUCCACUGCCGUGGUCUCUGUCAAGGAUCAGUACGGUGCGACACGACUAGCCAGAGCUUUGCUAGACUCGUGCUCGCAGUUCUGUUUUAUGACCACCAAUUUCAGUCAAAAACUGAAACUUCGCGGAUUUCCCGAUCACUUGACUGUUCAAGGAAUCGGAGGUUCCAAUUCAGUAUCCCGUAGACGAGUAAACGCUCGGAUCCUUCCCCGGUCCGGUGAUAUUUCGUCCUACAACGAGGACAUGUCGUUCUAUAUUCUCCCGGAGUUGACAGCCACUCUGCCAGUCCAAAAAGUCAGCGUCGGUCAAUGGAAGCCGCCAUCCAGCAUCGUGUUGGCCGACCCACAGUUCUGUGAGCCCGAGCAGAUCGACAUCAUCAUCGGUGCCGAGUAUUUCUACGAUCUUCUCACCGAAGGACGAAGCAAGAUUAGCGAGGAGGGACCAACUCUGCAGAAUACUGUCUUCGGUUGGAUUGUUUCAGGACGCAUUCCUGAUCAACCAGUGAGUCCAACGCAAGCAGUUUCGUUUUCGUGCACGCUAGCGGACAUCCAGGACCAGCUAGCACGCUUCUGGGAGUUGGAGUCCUGCAAGUCCAGUAGCAUCCAGUCGGUAGAAGAAUCAACGUGCGAGACCAUCUUCGACGAGACAACAACUCGGGAUAGCAGUGGCAGAUUCAUGGUGUCGUUGCCGAAGAAGGAGUUCGUCAUGCAGCAGCUUGGCGAAUGUGAAACGAUUGCCACUAAACGUUUCUUAGCCUUGGAACGACGACUAGAAGCCAACCCCGAGCUGAAGACUCAGUACCAUCAGUUCAUCCGAGAAUAUGAGCAGCUUGGCCAUAUGAAGCAGGUGGACAGCGAAGAUCCAGACUUUCCCAUCUACUUCCUUCCGCAUCACGCAGUGUUGAAGCCAGACAGUACCACGACGAAACUGCGGGUAGUAUUCGACGCAUCCUGCAAAACGUCCACAGGAGUCUCGUUAAACGAUGCCCUGAUGGUCGGACCCGUCGUUCAGGAUGACUUGCUGGCGAUUCAACUGCGUUUCCGUCUCCACCGAAUAGCCGUCGUCGCAGACGUGGAGAAAAUGUAUCGGAUGAUCCUCGUCUAUCCGUCAGAUCAACGGCUCCAGUGCAUUCUGUGGAGGGAUACUCCGAACGAACCUAUCCGCACGUUUCAGUUAGCCACAGUAACGUAUGGGACAGCAUGUGCUCCGUACUUGGCGACCAAGUGUCUGCAACGGCUGGCAGAACUUGAGGCCGAGAGAUAUCCUAUGGCGGCGAAGGCAAUGAAGGAGGAUUACUAUGUCGACGAUAUGCUGAGCGGAGCCGAUAGCAUUGAAGCUGCUACGCAGUUAACCAGCGAAAUGCUCGAGCUUGCUUCCUCUGGUGGUUUCACUUUGCGAAAAUGGAACUCCAAUUCCAGCGCACUCCUGGAUCAGUUACCAGAGAAUCUCGUCGACCGCCGGCCGGAGCUUGAGCUGGAUACUGCGAGCACUCCAGUGAAGACACUCGGGCUGCUCUGGGACACCACUUCAGACAGUUUUCUCUUCCGUUCACCUGUGUGGAACUCAGAGGCACCCAUCACCAAGCGAAUUGUGCUUGCGGACACAGCUCGUUUAUUCGAUCCCAUCGGCCUGGUGGGACCUGUCAUCGUCGCAGCGAAGAUAUUCGUUCAAGACCUGUGGAAGCAGAAGUGCGACUGGGACGAACCGUUACCCGAAGCAUUCCAGAAUUUUUGGAUCGAGUAUAGGAGAAAUCUCUCCGCCCUUUCGUCGUUAUCGAUUCCUCGGUGGGUGGCGUUCAGUACUGAUCUGGCUUCCGUUCAGGUUCAUGGCUUCUGCGAUGCUUCUAACAAGGCGUAUGGAGCAUGCCUCUACCUCCGCAGUACUACCUUCGGCGGUUCCGUAGAAGUGCGCCUCAUCACAGCCAAGUCCAAGGUCGCACCACUCGAAGAUCUGAAGCGGAAGAAAAGGGUUCAGACCACUCCCCGGCUGGAACUCUCCGGAGCAUUGCUGCUCAGUCACCUAUACGAAAAGUUCGUCGCCAGCACAGCAAUUCAGCACACCGCCUUCUUUUGGACCGAUUCGACGAUCGUGAUGUACUGGCUCUCGUCGCUGCCGUCACGGUGGCAGAUGUUUGUUGCGAAUCGUGUGUCGGAGAUCCAACACGCCACGAAAGGAUGCCCGUGGAACCACGUAGCCGGUGAAGAAAAUCCCGCCGACAUCAUCUCUCGGGGAAUGACACCAGCUCAGCUGCAAUACGAAAGGCUGUGGUUCGAGGGACCGCUGUGGCUUCGUCAGGACGCGAGCAUCUGGCCGUCCAAGGCUCCAGAAGAGGAAAUCGAUCCUGCCAUACUGGAAGAGAAGAAGGUCGUUGCGCUCCCAGUGACGGCUGAGUCCGUUAGCGAAAUAUUCAGUCUCCGUUCAUCGCUGUUCAGUUUAGUCAGGUUGGUCGCUGGCAUCCGCCGGUUCGUGCACAACACACAGCACAGACAGGACAGACGCACAGGAUUUCUGACGUUCCCCGAACACGAGCAGGCCUUGACAUUCCUGGUCCAGCUGGCGCAACAAGAAGCUUUUCCAGCUGAGAUAGCAGCGUUGAACAAGAACAAUCCAGUCAGUCCAUCGUCUUCGAUAAGCAGGUUGAAUCCAGUUCUCGUCAGUGGAAUCCUCUGUGUGGGAGGCCGACUAGCCAAGGCGCCAGUGUCAGCGAGUCGGAAACAUCCGAUGAUUUUGAGCCACCAUCAUCCACUGGCAAGGUUGGUCCUGCACUACUACCACUGCAAGCACUUCCAUUCCGGAUUGCAGCUUCUCGUGUCCACCGUUCGUGAGCGUUUCUGGAUCACGCGCAUCAGGAGUCUUGCCAACUCUGUGUUACACGAAUGCGUUCGUUGCUUCCGAACCAGGCCGAAGGUGCUAGACCAGCUUAUGGCCGAUCUUCCGUCGGAACGAGUCUCUCCGGCACCUCCAUUCCUUAGAGUAGGCGUGGAUUAUUGCGGACCGUUCUGGAUCAAGUAUCCUGUUCGUCGCGCGACUUCCACGAAGCAUUACGUCGCCAUUUUCAUCUGCCUCGUUACGAAGGCAGUCCAUCUCGAGUUGGCUAGCGAUCUCACUAGCGAAGCCUUCCUUGCCGCCUUCAAAAGGUUCGUGGCUCGCAGAGGAAAACCGAUCCUGGUCAUGUGCGACAACGCCACAAACUUCGUGGGAGCCAAGCGCCAACUGGAUGAAUUACGGCAGCUGUUCAUCGACCAAAUGUUCCAGGAGUCCGUCGUCCAUGGAGCGAUCGAGGACGGCAUAGAAUUCCGCUUCAUUCCAGCAAGAUCUCCCAACUUCGGUGGUCUUUGGGAGGCCGCCGUGAAGUCCUUCAAGGGUCAUUUCAAGCGUACCAUCGGCGACCGUGUGCUGCAGUACGACGAGAUGAUCACCGUGUUGCCACAAGUUGAAGCGAUCCUCAACUCCCGACCCCUCACGCCGGUCAGUAAUGAUCCGUCGGACUUCGAAGCGUUGACGCCAGGUCACUUCUAGGUUCAGCGACCGUUGACAGCAGUUCCAGAGCCAUCUCUAGAAGAUCUGCAGCGGAAUCGACUGUCCAUGUGGCAGCAAGCGCAAGACUACGUUCAGCAAAUCUGGACCAAGUGGUCCACUCAGUAUCUGUCCGAUCUCCAUAAUCGGACCAAAUGGACCCGGAAACGGGACAACAUCUCUGUUGGGACUCUAGUCCUACUCAAAGAAGAGAAGCUUCCGCCACUAAGGUGGAAAUUGGGCCGCGUCAUUCAGAUCCACCCCGGAUCAGAUGGCAACAUACGCGUUGUUACUGUGAAGGCCCAGGACGGCGAGUAUCAGAGGGCCAUUUCGAAAAUUUGCGUCCUUCCGAUCCGCGACAACCUGGAGUCUGAGCAGAUCUAAUCUGCAUUCUGUUCGUCAAUUCUACUGCUUUUUUGAACUGCCAACUCGUUCCAAAUUCCUGCCUACCGGAGCCACUUGAGGUCUACAAUAUCAGUAUCCCAUUCGUCACCUGUUGGUCAUUCAGUGGCCAGCCACAAUCGUAUCGUUCUGCAUGUGUGAAGUCCACGGUGCCGUCCUGUCCGUCAUUUUGAAGCGUUCCCGAUUAUGUCGCCAUUUCCAUUUGCCAAGGUAGCAGAGGCGUUGCAUCCAUGCGUUCGUGGUGAAGGAGUAUCCAUGGCACCUCUCGAUCCGCCGGCGACCGCAUCAUCGGCUCGUCAUUGUAGAAUGCGUCUGCAUCGUCCGCCCUACUGAAGCUACACCAUUGUGCGACCGGGACAUCGUCGGUGCUUUGGCACCCGCGGAGGCCAGGAGGCCUCCGCUCCAGGCAAGUCAUUUUAUGCUUGGGUUAUAUAGGUGAAAAAGCACCCUCUCAUUUUCCAGAUAGUUUUUCCGUUUGCUUGCCUGUGGACCGUGGACUCCAUCAUCUGUUAUUCCGUCAACCUGGACACCGCUCGGCGUAUCGACGUUCGAUCAGGGAUCCGGGACAUCGUUGGUGCUUCGGCGCCCGCGGAGGCCAGGAGGCCUCCGCUUCCAGGGAAGAUAGCCUUCCCAUCGUAGAUCCGCGGCAUCCGGCCGUGGGACAAUCGAAUUUCCGUCCGUGGGAUUGCCGGCGAUCCGUCUGUGGGACAACCGUCCAGCGGAUUCGUGUUCGGUCAUCCGUGUCAACCAACCACAACCGUGGUAGUCAGUCAUCCCGUCCCUCAAGUGCAUCCGUGUUGGCAGAACCGUAGAAGAAGCGCAGCAGUGUUCAGCAGUAGAGCAGUCGUCGGACUCCCGAAGUCAUCGUCAUCGAGCGACAGUCGUCGGUUUCGUACCGCCGGCGUCAUCGUGUAGCACAGUAGCAGCAGUCAGUGUAGCAUAAGAUUUAGUUUAAGCAAUACUAUUUGAAAUCGCUUAGAUUCCAAGGUGGGCGGUAUGUUUAUACGUAGUUGAAUUCUGUCGCACCCUAAUACCAAAUUAGCAUAGGUUCCACAUAAGAGAAUUUCUCUCAGUAUCUCUUGUCUCCCGAUCAACCUACAUCUCAUUAGAUGUAGGUUCAAGCUAUACAUUGUAAUGCAAUAUAGUCAGUUAUCUCGCAAUCGACCGUGCGCGCAGACCGUCGUCGGGUUCUACCGCGACUGUGUUUAGAAGAACCAAUAAAUUCAAUUCGGUUGUACCGGCCCAGUUUUUAUUAGUACACAAUAAAGUGCUUUUAAUUCCUUAAUCGCGGGUCGAGUUCAGUGCCAUAUCCGAAAUCCGGUU